GGACUAAAGGUGUACCAGCGGAAGGAUACAGCACUCAAAGUAAGGCACAGCACGCCAGCGUCGCUGGAUUGAGGCUUCUGGGCAACUCUAUUGCAAUACCGGGAUUACAGUCUGCACAGAUUUCCCGAAACAUAUCUUUUAAUAAAGUUUGAUAUAAUUGAAAUACUUAAUUAGAGUGACUAUCUCCUUAGUAAGGUGAAUACAAAACCUUACAUUGGGCGUUUUGUCAUCUUCACAGAGCUUGAAAAGUCUACGGGACAAUGGCUGAUCAGCUGACUGAGGAGCAGAUUGCUGAGUUCAAGGAGGCGUUCUCGCUGUUUGACAAGGAUGGUGAUGGUACAAUCACUACCAAGGAGCUUGGGACUGUGAUGCGCUCUCUGGGACAGAACCCCACUGAGGCUGAACUGCAGGACAUGAUCAAUGAAGUGGAUGCUGAUGGUAAUGGUACAAUUGACUUUCCUGAGUUCCUGACCAUGAUGGCCAGAAAGAUGAAAGAUACAGACAGUGAGGAGGAGAUCAGAGAAGCCUUCAGAGUCUUCGACAAGGAUGGUAACGGCUAUAUCAGUGCAGCAGAGCUACGGCACGUCAUGACCAACUUAGGGGAGAAGCUCACUGAUGAGGAGGUGGACGAAAUGAUCCGCGAGGCUGACAUUGAUGGCGAUGGUCAGGUCAACUACGAGGAGUUUGUCCAGAUGAUGACUGCCAAGUGAAGAGAACACUGGUAUUUCUCUCAACGUUGCUUGUCCUCCUAAGAUCACUGUCUUUUAAGAACCAAAAAAAAAGGAACAAUUAUCAAAUGAUAGACAAAUGCCUCCCCCCCACAAAAAAUCACUUAUCUGUAGAAUUUUGCAAUUUGUGCUUCGGUGCAUCCAACUACUUCUAAGGUAUCUGUUUAGCAAACACCAACAGAAUAAUCCCUAGAGAAGUUAAUGGACCAAGCUUUAAGAGGGCCAAAGCCCUGUACUUCAGACCAAGAUUCUGCUGAGUCACCCAGCUCCUGAUUAAUUUAGAGGAAAGAGCAACACUGAAAAGGCAGAGGAAUAGGAACCCAUGCCACAGUUCCUAUAGAGAAGUUGGCUAUUUCCAAUAUUCAACAAAGAAAAUUGCACCAGUGGUGAUUCACUAAAUACUGAAUUGAGUACUCCUCUUGCAUGCACCCUUUCUGUGGCAGUUUCUUGUCAAGGAGGCUCUGAUCCCAUCAGAGGUUGUGGUCAGAUUGUGUACACACUGGAGGUAUAUACAUUACUAUAUAGCUAUAUAUCUGUAAAAUUUGUGUCACUAUUGAUUAUUGCAAGAGCAAUUAGUUGCGAUGUAGAGUGUUCAUUGGUGCUUGGUUGGAAAUGAGCAUUCUUAUACCUUGAAGAGUUCGGACAAGAACGACAGACUGAAAAGUGCUGAUGGUUUUUUCCCCUUGGGGAUGUUAAAUUGUCUUGUUUUGAGUCGUGGGCUUUACAUUUCCUGCGGCACUGAUGGAGACAGUAGUAUGUUGUAUUGCUUCAGGAUGAUUAUUGAGAAAACACACUUGAGGACUGCAGUUAAUAUAUUGCAAACAGAUAUCCUGAUGAUACAAUAUUGAUGUAAUGCUUUAUAAAUGUGUUCUCAAAUACUAAUGUACUGAUGACAAACUUUGAUCACCAAAUAUAUCUACAUAUAUAUUAGUGUGUCGUAAAGUUUGCAUUGCCUAUUGUUGUAGUAAAUGACCUGUGACAUGUUUUCUCUUCGGUUUUGAAAUGUGCCAUAAUAAUCUAAAACGCCUCAACCUUCUUGCAAGACUCGUAGUUCAUUAGAAUAUAAUAAAUCUACUUAAUAUAAUAACAUAUAAAAAUACAUGCAGUUGAACAUAUUUGCACUUUGGUAUAAACCAUGUGUAUUUUAAAAAGGUUUUGUUUUAAAAGAAGAAAAAGAAACCAAAUGUCACUGUUGCUGCUGCUAUAACAAGUCAUAUGUUACACUCAUUUCUCGUCCUUGGUGUCUGAUCUUCGAUUUGUAGUCCGGUGAUUCAAACUUCAAUCUGCUUGCUGUUUUACUGAACAGAAUACAUAUACUGUAUAUUCACAAACACUACUUGUGGUGGGGGUGAUGUGUUUCAUUUGGGGUAUUAGAAUGGGACUUUCAGAUAGGGAUGAAAUGAGGUUGUGUAGCAAAGAAUUAAGCUUUAGAUGUGAGAUUGGUUUCAGUGUUAGGUUUUUGAACAGUUGGCUAAAUCUAAGAAGCAAGUUAGCUGAGGAAUCUUAUGACUUCCUCAAAGCACGAAACUUAAAUACUGCUCUGUUUAAGGCUUUUUAAUCAGUUAGCUUUGAUUCAGAUGUCAGGAAGUAAAUGGACUGUUAACUUCUGAAGGUAUCUCAAAAAUGUAAAGAUGUGAUAUAUUUUCCAUAAAUCAAUAAACUGACUGAGCUUUACUUCA